CAAUAAAGCAUAACUCCUAGUCUGAGACUAAGCUAAGUUGUGUGGCAAUUGCACAAUGAGCGUAUUGAGUUAGUGCAAACUCACAAAAUCCAUGGCCAUCUCCUUCACGAAAUCAUGGGUUUCCAUCUUGAAUACUCUUUCAAUUUCUAAAAGGAAGCCCUUCAUUCCAUCUUUCCCAGUCUAUAAAACCCACUCAUUAUCUUUUUCUGUCAGAGCAAACAAGGUAAUCAGCUUGUAUAAAUCAAGGGUUCGCUUAAUUUCUGUGACAAAUCAACUCAAAAUAUGGAAGAAAGUGAAAUUAAGGAGGGUGGAGGAGAAGGAGCAAGUACCCAGAAGAAGAUAUUUGUUGCAGGAGCUACCGGAAACACUGGUAAAAGAAUUGUUGAGCAGUUAUUGGAAAAGGGUUUCUCUGUUAAGGCUGGAGUUCGUGAUAUUGACAAGGCCAAAACCAUCUUUUCUAAUAAUCCUUCCCUUCAAAUUAUUAAAGCCGAUGUUACUGAGAAUGCAGAGAAGCUAGCUGAAGCCAUAAGUGAUGAUUCGGAGGCUCUAAUUUGUGCGACAGGCUUUCAACGCUCCUGGGAUCCUCUUGCUCCUUGGAAGGUUGAUUAUUAUGGAACACUAAACCUUGUUGAAGCAUGUCGCAAGCGCGGUGUCAAGAGGUUUAUUCUUAUCAGUUCCAUUCUAGUCAAUGGUGCUGCCAUGGGACAGUUGCUCAAUCCAGCCUACAUCAUUCUUAAUGUAUUUGGACUCGUACUAAUUGCCAAGCUACAGGCCGAGAAUUACAUCAGAAAAUCGGGUAUAAACUACACUAUUAUUCGCCCUGGUGGUCUGAGAGACGAUCCUCCGUCUGGAAACAUCGUCAUGGAGCCAGAGGAUACACUUUCCGGAGGCAGUAUAUCGAGAGAUCAAGUUGCCGAAGUUGCUGUUAAGGCGUUGAUUCAUCCCGAGGCUUCUUACAAAGUAGUAGAGAUAAUUGCAAGUUCGGAUGCUCCUAAACGUUCAUUUGAAGAAUUAUUUGGCGCGAUAAAGCAACGGUGAUUCAUGCACAUUAUUUGAGUAUGGUGUGACAAAUUUUAUUCAUUUGAACAAAAAAUUUCUAUGUGCUUUGCCAAUUGAUAAAACUUGGUUUCUAAGUAGUUCAUGUUUGAACAUUAAAGGGCGAAACGUGCCCCUUACAAAAGGGUAUAGAAUCGUGAUUCGAAACAUUGAAAUAACUUUUCUCACUUGUCGUUUGUAUCUAGAUGAAAAUUUUAUGUUUCUUUUUUUUUCUUUUACUAUUAUGGUUGUAUUAUUUUCUAAUUUUGUGAUAUGACUUUUGAUUAUGAUCAAUGUA